AUGUCCUCACUGCCCAAUCGGCUGGCCUUUGUCUUUUUUUUCGUCGGAUUCGGAACCGUCGGUCACGCCUAUCACGCUAGGUAUUCAGGGGGUCUAGCCACACGAAUUCCAUCUGAAAACCCGGUUUCAACCCCCAAUUAUCAUUUAUUUCAGGCCGAAAUCAGAUGAGAGUACUCCGAUGCACUCUUCGUCGUCCGAUCUUUUCCAAGAUGAGGAUGGUCACGGAUCGACGACACUCGAGUCGAUCGCGCGAAUUUCAGCACCGGUGAGUCUUCCCUAGGGUUGGGCGCAGAGGCCAGAUAAUCCGAUCGUUAAAAUCCUGGCCCUCCUGCCCAGCCAUGAUCCCCAUAAUCACAGUCUUCAGCCGCACAUCCCAAUCGAACAGCCGCAAACGUCGGACACCGAGAUCCUCGAGCACCUUCUGACACGUGGCUACGAUCACAGAGUACGACCGCCCGGAGAGGACGGCACCAUCCACGGAGGCCCCGUCGUCGUGUCCGUCAACAUGCUGCUGCGGAGUAUUUCCAAAAUCGACAAUGUGAACAUGGAGUACAGUGUGCAGCUGACGUUCCGCGAGUCGUGGGUCGACAAGCGGCUCAGCUACGGAGUGAAGGGCGACGCGCGUCCGGACUUUUUGAUUCUGACCGCCGGACAAGAGAUCUGGAUGCCCGACUCGUUCUUCCAAAACGAGAAACAGGCGUACAAGCACAUGAUCGACAAGCCGAACAUUCUGAUCCGCGUGCACAAGGACGGCACGAUUCUGUACUCGGUGCGCAUCUCGCUCGUCCUCUCCUGCCCCAUGCACCUCCAAUACUAUCCGAUGGACGUGCAGCAGUGCUUCAUCGAUUUGGCCUCGUACGCCUACACGACCAAAGACAUCGAAUACGUGUGGAAGGAGGAGAAUCCGGUGCAGCUGAAGGCCGGACUCUCGAGCUCUUUGCCCUCGUUCCAGCUGACGAACACGUCGACGACGUACUGCACGAGCAAGACCAACACCGGCGCCUACUCGUGCUUGAGAACUAUUUUACAGUUGAGGAGACAGUUCAGGUCGGUUUGAAGGGCACAGUGAUAUAUUCAGAAAAAGAGAAUUUGCAGUUACUACCUGCUGCAACUGUACAUUCCCUCGUGCAUGCUCGUCAUCGUCUCGUGGGUCUCGUUCUGGAUCGACCGGACCGCCGUGCCCGCGCGAGUCACUCUGGGAGUCACCACGCUGCUCACAAUGACCACCCAAUCGUCGGGAAUCAACGCGAAACUGCCGCCCGUCGCCUACAUCAAAGCGAUCGACGUCUGGAUCGGCGCGUGCAUGACGUUCAUCUUCUGCGCUUUGCUCGAGUUUGCCUGGGUCACCUACAUUGCCAACAAGCAGGAUGCCAGCAAGAGUAGACCCUUAAGCUAUGAAAAUUGAGAAGACAUACUGUUUUUGCAGGAUCACGUCUUGAGAGGGAGAAGGCCGAGCUGCCGUUCCUUCAAAAUUCGCACAACGACGUGUGGGUGCCGCGGGAGGUAGCCGAACAGGAACGCGAAGUGAUGACGGUGCGGCUGAAUCGGCGGCAGACGAAUAGCUUCUGGAAGUGGAUAAAGACAAAGACCGAGUGGAACGACAAGUCGAAACGCGCGGAUCUCAUCUCGCGAGUCAUGUUCCCGGUGCUCUUCCUCACAUUCAACAUUUCAUAUUGGACACAUUACGGGCAGUACGGAAUCGCCAUCAACUCUUGA